CAAUAACUGCUGCAUGUGAAAACACUGAAUCCUACUCAUUACUCCACGCGCGUCACUUUUGCCGUCGGACAGAACGGAGCACCCGGCUCAAGCCCAAGAGGCAGCCGGUACCCAGGAAGAUUGUAAUCAACGCCAACCUGGUUCACCCGGUUGUAGCCACUAUGAUUGCAUAAAGUCAUGUGAUAAUCACACUUUUCCUACGCGGAAAGGCAUUUCAACCAAUCGCAGUGGGCGGGACUCCAUGUUGAGCAAUAGUACACUAGCGGGCUACUUCCCUGUCUAAAAAAAAUUGAGCAAAAUGACAAAAAAAAUUAUAAAGUUGACUGUCCGCGAUGUCAGAUUUCCAACAUCUUUGGAGCAACAUGGUUCAGACGCAAUGCACACCGACCCGGACUACUCUGUCGCCUAUGUUGUCAUCGAAACUGAUCAAGGAAUGCAAGGAUAUGGCUUGACUUUUACUGUGGGGAGAGGCACAGAAAUUGUUGUGUGCGCUGUGGAAGCCCUGUCAGCCCUCGUUGUGGGGAAAUCUCUAGAGGAGAUUGUGAGUGACUUCCGUGGAUUUUACCGUCUCCUCACCAGCGAUGGACAGAUGCGAUGGAUUGGACCAGAGAAAGGAGUCAUUCAGUUGGCCACUGCGGCGGUCCUGAAUGCAGUAUGGGACCUCUGGGCACGGUCCGAGGGCAAGCCACUGUGGAAGCUGCUUGUUGACAUGGACCCCAGAAAGCUCAUCUCAUGCAUUGACUUCAGAUAUAUCACUGAUGCUCUUACUGAAGAGGAGGCCCUUGAUAUACUUGUGAAAGCUCAGACGGGGAAGCAGCAGAGAGUGGACCAGAUGCUGAAGGAGGGUUAUCCUGCCUAUACCACCUCCUGUGCCUGGCUAGGAUACUCCGACCAGCUGCUGAAACAGCUGUGCACCGAUGCACUAAAUGAUGGAUGGACCAAGUUCAAAGUGAAGGUGGGGGCUGACCUAAAGGAUGACAUUCGCCGGUGCAGUCUCAUACGGCAGAUGAUUGGACCCCACAACACACUGAUGAUUGAUGCCAACCAAAGGUGGGACGUAGGCGAGGCCAUAACCUGGGUGACCAGGCUGGCUGAGUACAAACCCCUGUGGAUCGAAGAGCCCACCUCCCCUGACGAUAUCCUGGGACAUGCUGCCAUCUCCAAGGCCUUGGCGCCGCUUGGCAUUGGAGUGGCCACAGGAGAACAGUGCCAUAAUAGAGUGAUGUUCAAGCAGUUCCUCCAGGCGUCGGCGUUGCAGUUUGUCCAGAUUGACAGCUGUAGACUGGGCAGUGUCAAUGAGAACCUAGCCGUGCUGCUCAUGGCCCACAAGUUCAAGGUGCCUGUGUGUCCUCAUGCUGGAGGUGUUGGACUGUGUGAGCUGGUUCAGCACCUGAUUCUCUUUGACUACAUCUCUGUGUCUGCCAGUCUUGACAACCGGAUGUGUGAAUUUGUGGACCACCUCCAUCAGCACUUCAGAAGUCCAGUUGUGAUUCAGAAUGCCCACUACAUGCCUCCCAAGGAUCCAGGCUACUCCUGUGAGAUGUUGGAGUCGUCAGUGCAGACACACCAGUACCCUCAGGGGCAAGUGUGGAAGAAGCUCCAGUGACGAGUACGGUGUCGUGGAGGAAGCCGGGCAGUUAAAGUAGAUUUUUCAACCAAUGAUUUUCUUAAGUAACCAUUGAAAAAUUCCUGUAUUUGGUUAUCAAUGCACAAGAUGAAAUUAUUUCACUUUUGUAUGUUUCUAAAAGGGAUGUUUGUGCCAAUAACUAAAUGUAUAUAUUCUUUAUUUACCAAAUUCCUGUGAUACAAACAAUAUAAAAUACACACUUGAAUCUAAAAAGGCAACAGGUAGACACUACUGUACCAGAAUAUUUAAAUCAAAAGGGAAAACCUCCACCCAGAUAUUACACUGAACAAAAAUAUAAACACAACAUUUAAAGUGUUGGUCCCAUGUUUCAUGAGCUGAAAUAAAAGAUCCCAAUUUGUUUA